AGCUGCGAGGCAGCCGAGCCUAGCUGUGCUGCCUCCUGUGGCCGCACUCCCGGCCCCGGGGCUAAGUCGUAGUCCCGCAGCGGGUCGUAGGAUGGCGUUGAAGCGGAUCCAGAAGGAAUUAACUGACUUGCAGAGGGACCCUCCCGCCCAGUGCUCAGCAGGACCUGUGGGUGAUGAUUUAUUCCACUGGCAGGCCACCAUCAUGGGCCCGAAUGAUAGCCCUUACCAAGGUGGUGUUUUCUUCCUGACUAUUCACUUCCCUACAGAUUACCCUUUCAAACCGCCAAAGGUUGCUUUUACAACCAAAAUUUAUCAUCCCAACAUCAACAGCAAUGGCAGUAUCUGUCUUGACAUCCUGAGAUCUCAGUGGUCUCCAGCAUUAACAGUAUCAAAAGUUCUGUUAUCCAUCUGUUCCCUGCUCUGCGACCCCAACCCUGAUGACCCCUUGGUUCCUGAGAUAGCCCACACCUACAAAGCAGACCGAGAGAAGUACAACAGAUUGGCCAGAGAAUGGACCCAGAAAUACGCCAUGUAAAUGCCAUGAAGAUUUGACUCUUUACAAGCUAAGAAGUUAACCUUUCAGAACAGUCUCUUAGUGGAAACUCUGGCUUGUCCACUGUUUACUUGAUGUCAUGAGCCAUUUGCAAGGAGUCUCCUCCUACUCUGUGAACGGACCCUGGUUUCCCUUUGGCUUUUGUCUCAACUUGGCGUCACCACCUGCAGCCGUUUGGGUUCUAACAGCUUCCUGCCUUUGAUGCCAAAAUCAGUAGCCACUUUGAUUUACAGAUUUUUAGCCUGAUUCAAACUGGAAUCCACCUUCCACUCCCACUCCCUUGACCUUCUCUUGGAAUGGCAGAAAUGCACGCAUUCCUUCCUUUAGUCUUUCCUCAGGGUGGCAUGUGCCCUUCACGCUGCACAACAGGAACUGUGCAGCUUCCUGAUAAGCUGUCCUAACAGAACCAAGUACUAGCCUGGUGUGCCCAAGAGAGCCGGAUGAAAUUUCUCUUAGUUUUCAGUUUACUGAAGAACUCUAUCCAAAGAGGAAUCCCAACCCUCAGGGACUUUGCAUGGGAUUGGAAAUGGUUUGGCGGUGAAAUGAAUUCAUGGCUGGAUUUUUCCAUUGUCUCCAAGUAAAGGAGGACAGUAUGAUUGGUCAGUCUUCAUAUGCAGUAGGAAUCACAGUCUCACUUUUUUAGACUCAGAAGCAGGAGAUCUGAAGCACCUGUCAAUAAUAACCAAGUGCUCAUUUCCAGUCUUGCUCACAGAAUUACCAGAAAAAAAAAAUCAUGAGAUUUGGAAAGAUGUAGGAUUGUGUCGUUUGAAGAUCAUGGAAGACCCUGAGGCCCUGCAAAUGAAAGGAGAGAAGGUCAGAAGGUGGAGAGUGUUUCAUUUGUUAGGAAAAAAAAGUCAAAAAGGGAUGGCGCUCUGGCAGAGAGACUUCUAUUGUGAAUAAAUCUGUCAUUUUCCCUUUGACAUAAUCCUUGAAUUAUUCAAAGGGGCAGCUCCACUUUUAUACUCACAUUUCUGUUUUCAUUCAGAAGACAAAGUUUGGAAGCUCUGUCCAGGUUCUUUAGAAACCUCAACAGAAAUGGUUCCUUGGGCCUUUCGGCUCAAUUAGCUUUCAGGUUUCAACAUUUCUAUUAGAGUUGGAAUAAAUGAAGAAGUAAGGUA